AUGUCUUUCAAAUAUAAUUUGACGGCAGUUGGAGUACGUACUGAUUUCCCAUAUGUAUUAUUGGACGAAAAGUGUUUGAAACUACAAUGUUUGUAUCCUGGUGCUGAGGUGGAAUUUCUACGGCACAAUCUAAAGAUGAUCAAUGCAACUGUAACGCUAGUGCCAACAAAAAUGAAUGCGGACGAAAUGAUUGACAUGCGAAAUAUCGAAAAAGCAUACUUUGAGACUUGCUGGGGACUUAGGCUAGCCUAUGUUCUGUAG